AUGGUCAAACAAGCUCAAGGAGACCCCCAUGAUAUGGGCGGUGUUUACUCAAUGGCAAGCGGUAUCUCUGUACCUAGCGCCAAUGCUUUUCAGCGAGCUGGCGAGCGAGGACCAGUUCUUUUACAAGAUGCUCACUUGAUCGAACUGCUAAGUCACUUUAACCGUGAGCGUAUCCCGGAAAGAGUCGUUCAUGCAAAAGGCAGUGGAGCUCAUGGUACAUUUACGUGCACAGAUGAUAUUUCCGAUCUUUGCAUGACUGAUUUAUUUAGCAAAAAAGGUAAUUCAUGCCCUUUGACCAUUCGUUUUUCCACCGUUGGAGGUGAAGCAGGCUCAACAGAUGCAGCUAGAGAUUCACGUGGAUUUUCCAUCAAACUUAAAACACAAGAAGGUAAUAUGGAUUGGGUCUUCCUCAACUCUCCUGUGUUCUUUAUUCGUGAUCCAACCAAGUUUGUUUUCAUUAACCAUGUCGCAAAACGCGAUCCUAGAAGUCAUUUGGGCUUAGCAGACGACUCAACAAUGUUUUGGGACUUCUUCGGCACAAAUCCUGAAGCUGCGCAUCAGUUCACUUACAUCUUUGGUAGCAGAGGCAUUCCAAAAAGUUGGAGACAUCUGAACGGUUACAGUUGUCAUACAUACAAGAUGUAUAACAAGAAAGGGGAAUGGGUAUUUGUUCAAGUUCACUUCAAGAGUGCACAAGGUGUAGAAGGACUAACAGAAGAAGAAGCGGCAAAGGUAUCUCCCGAUCAUGCUCAACGCGAUCUCUUCGAGAAUAUUGAAAAAGGAAACUUCCCAAAAUGGAAGAUUGGUGUUCAAACUAUGACCGAAGAACAAGCAGAAAAGUCUGGCAUCAAUGUCUUAGACAUGACAAAGACCUGGCCUUAUGACAAAUAUCCAAUUCGCUGGUUUGGUGAAAUGGAGCUGAACGAGAACCCUUGCAACUACUUUGCAGAGGUCGAACAAUCUGCAUUCUCACCCGCAAAUAUGGUUCCAGGAUUUGCUUCUUCAGCAGAUCCCGUGCUGCAAGCACGCUUAUUCGCAUAUGCUGAUGCUGCUCGCUAUCGCGUAGGUGCAAAUUGGCAACAAUUACCAGUAAACAAAGCAAUGGUUCAAUAUCCUUAUAUGAACUUUGCCAGAGAUGGAGCACAUGCUGUUGAUAAUCAGGGUGCACGGCCAAAUUAUCCAAGCAGUCUUUAUCCUUUGGACUAUAAACCUGAUCCAGUCCCUUAUACGAAAUUGUACUCAAAGCAUGAAAGUGAAGCAGUCAUGUCUCUGAGCGAGAUUUCAGAUGCCGAUUUUGCUGGUCCAAAAACCUUGUACACAAAAGUAUUUUCGGAUGAAGAACGUCAACGCUUUGUCAAAGAUGUUAGUAACAGUAUGAACAAAGUUCGACCGGACUGCAAGAAACACGUUUUCACAAGAGCAUUGGCCGUAUGGAAACGAGUUGACGAGACUUUAGCACAACAAAUUUCACAAAAACUUGUAUUGAAUUAA